AUGUUCUGGGGGUCGAAAAGUGGGAUAAGUUCCAAGUACUCAUAUUCUAAUACACCGACAUUCACGGCUGAACCAUGGUCUGUUUAUACUGGGAAACCGAAAUCAUCUAGCAGUAGUAAUAGUGGUGGGCCCAUUGAUAAAGUUUCAGUUUUCAUUUUUGAUAAGAAACAAUUUGAGAGCUACUUGUUGCAUUAUGGGAUUAUCAAAUCUAAAAAUUCAUCUCAUGACAAAUUAUUUCUUAACGAUGCGUAUACCGUGUUAAGGAAUCAAGUUAACAAUUUGGCUAAAUUCAAGCACCCAAAUAUUUUGCAACUAAUUGAACCAUUGGAGGAGCAUUCGAAGAAUUUUCUUUUCGUGACAGAAUAUGUUUCUGGUAGUUUAUUCAACCUUUUCCAAGAGCAAGAUUCAGUGACUUCAACAUUCGGAGAAGAACUUUUACAGUCUAAUGAUACCAAUAAUUUGACCAUUCAAAGAGGUAUAUUGCAGGUGUGUCAGGCGUUGGAUUUCAUUCAUAAUAAAACUUCAUCUGUUCAUCUUGAUAUCCAACCCAGAUCAGUUUUCGUUAACGAAAACGCGGAUUGGAAACUAUCUGGCCUUGGGCAUUUAAUCAAAUUACCUGAGGGUACCAAUGUCGGAGAUUUUACGAUACCACAAUACGAUCCAAGGGUACCGACGUUUUUGCAGAUUGAUUUAAAUUUUGCAGCUCCAGAGCUUGUAAUGGAAGACACCUUUUCAGCAAGAAGUGAUUAUUUCUCAUUGGGUCUUUUGAUAUAUUAUUUGUACUAUGGAAAAUCGUUGUUCUUGUGUGAGAAUUCAAAACAAAGUUAUAGAGACCAGUUCACGAAAUUCGAAAGAAAAAUUGCUUCCUUGAGUUGGGACGCAGUGUUCCAAAAAGUACCACAGACACUUAGAUUCUGUUUACCUCGUUUAAUGAACCGUGACAUAUAUUCCAGGUAUGAUAAUAUCGUGGAAUUUUUGGACAACGAUUUCUUCAAAGACCCGCUGAUCCAGACUUUAAUCUUCUUGGACGAUCUACCAACGAAGAACAUAGAUGAAAAGACAAUAUUCUUAACAGGACUUAUAACGCUCUUGCCAAAAUAUCCAGCACAACUUUUACAAAAAAAAUUCUUGCCCAUACUACUGAACAAUUUGGACUUGUUGUGUUCUAUGAAGGAAACUGCUGAUGAAUGUCUUCAAAUCAAUUUGGAAGUGAUAUUGCUCAUCGGUAAGAAUUUGUCUCAAUUGUCAUUCACUGAGAAGAUCACUAACCAUAUCAUAGGCUCCGCAAACGGGAAAGUCAUCUUGGAACACGGUGCCAGUGGACUAAUCAAACACCUUUCCAUCCUACAAAUAAAACUAAAGAAGGACGCAUUUGAUAAAUCAUUAUUGAAACCAUUAUACGAAUAUACAUGCGAAUCGCAAGAAAACCCUAACAUACAAGAGAGCCUACUAAAUCAGUUGCCCAUUGCAUUAGAAACAUUCGAUUUCGCUACGGUAAAGAACUUUCUAUCCCCAUUGAUACAGAAAUUGUUUACAAAGACGACUAGCCUGACUGUGAAAAAUGCAUGCAUAUCUUGCUUCCAAACUAUGAUCCAAUCCAACGCAAUGGAUACCUACAUGAUCCAAGAGACGUUGUUCCCAUUGAUAAAAUCAAUGAAGAGUAGAGACUCACGGAUUCUAAUGAAAUUCCUAGAAUUCUUCCCACAUUUAUACACAGCUAUCCAAGACAAAGAAGAACUCAUCACAGAAUCGUUCAUCCCGCUAAUGUUCGCAUUCUCAAUGGCCCCAACGCUUAAUACCUCGCAAUUCAACUCCUAUUCUAAUUCGUUCAACAACAUUGUAUCACAAAUACAGAAAAGACAUGUACAACAGUUGAAGACGGAACAAUCUAAAUCACAAGAACUGGAAAGUAAAGAUUUCACGAAGAUCAUAGAUACACCAAUCGUUCCUGCACGUACUGACACGGACAACGAAAUAUCGAGAAGUAUCAACGUCCCAGUGAUAAAACCUAAAGCAUCUCCCUCAUAUCAGGCUACAGGAAUACUUACACCAACUACUAAUGAUAAUAGAACCACUACUGGUACUAUAAGAAGCGGCGGUCCUAGUAGAGGCGUACCAAGAUCGAUCAGGUCUCCACCACAGAAACCAGUCAAACCAACCCAACCGAUUACUACAAGUGACAUUCCAGUAUCACUACCACAAAAGUCGCCAUCGGUACCUACCUCAGUACCUGCAUCACCAUCACCAUCAUUAUCUCUACCACCAGGAUUUGGCAUAGCUCUCCAGCCCAAUAAGAAAGCUUGA